CGAAAAAACAAACCUUUGAUGAUCUAAAGUUAUUUACUUCCCCAGUAUCGAAACCCCGUGACAAGUACUGAAAUGACCAUUAUUGUAUUCAGAGAGAGAGAGAGAGAGAGAGAGAGAGAGAGAGAUGCUCCACCAACCUGUACUAAUUUGGACUAAUAAUGGGUGUUCAUCAGACGUGGGUUACCUGGUAAAACAAACCUUAAUUCCCCAUCACAAGUUUUCCGGCCAAUUUGCACAUUGCUCAUAUUUAGUGCAUUUUUGUUCUCUUAGUUUUGUGGGGUUUGGUAUUUCUUUCAGCACAUGAUCUUCUUCCACUGGAACUAAUUCCUGAGAACUUCAGUUCUCCGGGCAAUGUUCUAAAAGUCGCUGGCGUUAGCCGGGCGGUCAGCCACCUUCGAGCUUUGAGGCUGAAUAAUCGGCGAUUAUUCGGCACAUAGCAAUUAGUCCGAUCUAGUCGGAUAGGCCCUGUCGCCGAUUAAUUCCGAUAGUUAGAACUGACUUAAGGUAAAUUCCGCUGCUGAAAACGAACGGGGAAAGAGUUGAUGCCAUGCCGAGCAAAAAAAAGGAUAGUGUUGAUUCAAUGAAGCGCCUCCAAGUUGUUCGCUUCCGUUCUUUGGAGAAACCUAAGGAGGAUGAGUUCUCUCUUGAGUUAUCAAAGGUUCACAAUUAUGAUGACGUCGUUGAAAGAGUAGCCAGCCAUCUUGGCUUGGAUGAUCCAUCUAAAAUAAGGCUUACAUCUCAUAACUGCUACUUCCAGCAACCUAAACCCCAGCCAAUCAAGUAUCGAGGAGUGGAACAUCUAUCAGACAUGCUGGUUCAAUACGAUCAGACUGCGGACAUUCUUUACUAUGAGGUAUUGGAUAUCCCUCUACCAGAACUUCAAGGCCUGAAAACACUAAAAGUUACUUUCCAUCUUUAUUCCAAGGAUGAAGUAGUAAAUCAUACUAUUAGGUUGCCAGAACAGAGCACUGUUGGAGAUAUUCUUAAUGACCUUAAGACAAAGGUCGAGUUGUCACAUCCAAAAGCGGAACUUAGGUUGCUUGAAAUUUUCCAUCACAAGAUCUACAAGAUUUUCCCUGUUGAUGAGGAGAUUGAGAAUAUCAAUGAUCAGUACUGGACAAUACGUGCAGAGGAGAUUCCAGAGGAGGAGAAGAAACUUGGUCCUCAUGACCGUCUCAUUCAUGUUCAUCACUUUAAAGUCGAUGCAGCUCAGAACCAAGGGGAACCAAGAAGUAGCACCUCCGUCCAGAAUUUUGGGGAACCUUUUUUCCUUGUUGUCCAUGAGGGUGAGACCUUGGCUGAAGUCAAGGUACGCAUACAAAAGAGACUGCAGGCGCCGGAUGAGGAGUUUUCAAAGUGGAAGUUUGCAAUACUAUCUUUGGGGCGUCCUGAAUACCUUUUGGACUCGGACAUCGUUUGUAAUCGUGUUCAGAAAAGGGACGUUGUAGGGGCGUGGGAACAGUACCUUGGGUUGGAGCACUCUGACACUGUUCCUAAGAGGUUGAAGGAAGGAAAUCAGCUAUAUCAGAGUGUUCCUAAGAAGUCAUAUGCAGCAAAUCAGGCAGCAGAGCAUGUCCCUUCUGAACCCACUCACUUCGGCAAUGCUUCAAAUCGGGACUCAAACGACGCAACUCCUCCUCCGGCUGGCAAAGUCAGAUUCUUAUCAUACUGGGUUUCUUCUGAGGCAUCCCUGUUACUCGAAAAGAUCCACGGCCUUCACAAGGACACUUUCGUUAAAUUCUCCGUGACUAGUCGCUUUAUGCAAACAGGGGUACUCGAGUCGUUUGCUUUGUUCGUUGAGUCGAUGUUAACAACCAAGGUGAACGAGGUGAAUGAAGAAGCGCUCAGCCAGGCUUUCAUUUCAGUCAAGGAGUUUGAGCAAGUGGGGCUGGACUUAUUGUGGCUGAAGCGGAGGCUAGAGGAAGCGGAAUUAGUGAAUAAGCUCUCAGACUCGCGUAUCUUUGUUGAAUCGUGCGAAACUAGUUUGAAAUGGGCUCGAGCCAAGGUUCGUGAACUCAAAGAAGUGCUUGCCAGGGCUAAGGAAGAAGUGGAACUUAUGUCGAGGGAAUCACCCGAAUCGCUUGGUGUAAAUGAUCCUGUAUUCGAGGGUGUUUUGUAAAAUGCAAACUUUUUGUCAAAAACGUUUUCGAACUCCUUUGUGUUUGAUUGAUGCUUUUGCACGCCGAUUUGCGAGGAUAGGAGCUCCAGUGCAUAGUUUUGUAACUGCUUAAAUCCUCUAUGCUGCUUGAGUGAUUUGUAUAUGUUGCUGCUUUUAUCUGCAAGGAUGCUGUGUAAAAAGAAACAAUUUUAGUUACCUUUGUUUGGUUCC